AUGAUGUUUGGAAGGCUUGGAGACGAUGUGGAAAAAAUGACCGAUGCGUUACUAGUAGCAUGGAAUAUAUGUGGGCCAGCUCAGGUCCAUGAUCCAAAUAAAAUUUAUCUCGAUCCGAAGAGCGAGGAAUGGUACGCGAAUCACGGGAUACCCCUACGCAGGGGCUACCUGUUUCACGGACCCCCAGGAACCGGAAAAACAUCGCUAUCGUUGGCUCUGGCAGACUUCUUUGGACUUGAUAUCUACGUCAUCAAUCUCGCUGAGCCGGCUUUGACCGACAACAGUUUAUUGGAGCUCGCCAACGAUGUGCCUGAAAGGUGCAUUGUUUUGCUGGAAAAUAUUGAUACAGUCGGCUUAAAGCGCUUUGAGGUCAAGAAAUUGAAGCAAAUUAGAGAAAGCAGCGGGAGGCUUGCCAAAAGGAAUGGCGUUACAAUCGGUGGUGUACUCAACGCGUUUGAUGGAGCGGCAUCCCAAGAGGGUCGCGUCCUUAUCCUGGCUACCAACAAGCCCGCAAGUCUCGAUGAGGCCCUCAUCCGCCCGGGCCGCGUCGAUUUGAAACUCUGCUUCGACAACAUAACCAAAAAUCACGCCCGAGAUCUGUUUUGGCGCAUGUACACCCCUGAUACAUCUGCCGAAACUAAUGAGCUGGUUAAGUUGGCCGCAGAAUUCGGCUGCAAGAUAAGUGAAAAGAUAUUUUCACCGGCUGAAGUUCCAAACUAUCUCAUAAUGCACAAAGACCAGCCGCGCCAAGCCCUGUCUGGCGUAACUGACUGGGUAGAGGCAAUGAAGCAAAAGAGCCGGAGGCAUCGCGGAAAGCCCUGCGCGAAGGUACCGACUAAAUGCAGGAAAAAGAUGAAGAGGUGUCGGUAA